UAGAUAAGGUGUUGAGGGAACACCACCAGCCACCAGGGUAUAGGAUGCCUCAGAGAUAGACAAGCCUAAUGACGCAACGGGUUUACUCAAUACAGCCUAAUAUUGUGUGGGACAGGAUAAUACUUGCAGGGUUUCCCACAUUUCCUAUGACCAAAAGCGGGCUGAGGACUCUGAAACUGACAGAUAUAACGUGACAGGCGCGCAGUUCAGGAAAUAACCUUGUCCGGACACCAGGGCAGCAGGCGAUGCAAACUUUCCUGAUGGCAUACUUUAUAUUACUUUUCCUACCUUGUGUUUUCAGUGCCCGGGCGCGCAUACUAGUCCCUGGAUAUGAAACAGCCAUCUCUAAAGAGCCAUUCAGGGAGAGCCGGAAAGUUCUUACAACAACGGGCAAAGAAUGUAAAUUCCCAUUUCGUCAGGGUGGAAGGCUUCAUCAUCACUGCAUCACCAUCUUAUCUUCAAGACUGUGGUGCUCUCUUACUCAUAAUUUUGAUCGGGACCAUAGGUGGGGUUUCUGUGCUCCAGAGAAAACUCAACCAGAAGUUUUUGUCCACACGUCUCGGAAAGUCACAGACCCAUGUCAGGUGAAUCCGUGUCAGAAUGGAGGCGUCUGCACGCCGAUCCCUCCUCUACGAACAUUUGAGUGCUCGUGUCCAGAGAGCUUCUCUGGGAGACUGUGUGAACAGAAGAAGUGCUAUGAAACCAUACACCUGCGCUAUUAUGACAUCGGAGAGUCUUGGGGACGAAUUUACCUCCGUAACGUGGAACAGUGCACAUGUGUGGCAGGCGAAAUCGAGUGUGAAAGAGUCCACUAUACAAAGUGUCGUACGAACCCCUGUCACAAUGAUGGAACAUGUCGACUGAUCACAUCCACCGGGAAGGAAGUGUGUAACUGCAGGGGUGGCUACAGUGGACCGUACUGCAGCUUCGAGCCAGAGGCAGAGUGCUAUAACAGCAGGGGCAGAGGUUACCGAGGGCUGGUGAGCACCACGGUGUCUGGCGCCCGGUGUCUGCCCUGGAACUCGGACCUGCUCCAUGAUGAGCUCCAUGUGGGCACGGUGGUCGCGUCGCCCCUCAAGGGCCUUGGCGAGCACGCCUACUGCAGAAACCCAGACGGGGACAAGAAGCCGUGGUGCUACACACUAAAUGAUGGUGCCAUCUCCUGGGAGUACUGUGACGUCCCCUCCUGUGUGAUGCCUGUGUCAUAUGAUUUGCAGCAUGAAGAUGCCUCCGUUUCCCUGACAUUAUCACCUUAUAGAAGAGCUUUUGUGCUUCUUGAAGGGAGGAAUCAGCCACCAGCAAAAUGGAAAAUACACAGGAGAGCUUCUUCUCGAAGGGUUAUCCCGUUCAACGUGCUGCCCGUCGUUAAAAAACCUAACCCCCAAAAGCCAGCCAAGAAGCCUGUGUGUGGGAAAAAGCACAAGAAGAGGCUGUCGAUAGCCAGGGGCCGCAUCCUGGGUGGAAACUCAGCUCUGCCGGGGACUCACCCGUGGAUGGCGGCGAUUUACAUCGGCCAGUCGGACUUCUGCGCCGGCACCCUCGUCUCCUCUUGUUGGGUCGUCUCCGCGGCGCACUGCUUCUUCCGCAACCCCCUGAGGUCUCAGCUCCGCGUGGUGCUCGGCCAGCAGAGAUUCAACGUCACCGAUCCCAACACCAGGACGUUCGGAGUGGAGGAGUACAUCUUUCCAAAGCAGUUCUCAGUGUUUAAUCCAACGCUACAUGACAUUGUUCUGAUCAAACUGAAGAAGCAGGACGGACGGUGUGUGAGGAGAACCCCAUUCAUCGCGCCCAUCUGUCUCCCGGACAAAAACACGACGUUCCCCGACGGCUACUGCUGCACUAUCAGCGGCUGGGGACACAUGCAUGAGAAGGCAGAGGGUUAUUCCAGUCUACAGGAGGCCGGAGUGAGGCUGAUUCCUCAUGAUACUUGCAGGAAGCCGGACGUCUACGGCAAUCACGUCACGGCCGACAUGAUCUGCGCGGGGCUCGGCGGCUGCGUCGACGCAUGCCAGGGCGACUCCGGGGGCCCUCUGGCUUGCGCGAGGAAUGAUGUCAGCUUCCUGUAUGGGAUCAUCAGUUGGGGGGAGGGCUGCGGUCGCUCUGGAAAACCCGGUGUUUACACUAAAGUGGUGAACUAUAUCGACUGGAUCAAUUCAGUGAUCAGACGCAAACCAAAGGCUUCAUGAACUGAACGUUGACUUUAAUAUGAGAUAUUGUACUGUAUUAUAUUGUUACUGUUUUUUAUUAUAAUGCUUGUGGAAGUUUAUAGUUGACCUUUUUUAACUGUGAAACAUUUUGUGACUGAAUAAACCUUUGCUGACUUGAUAAAGCUU